AUGGCGUCCAAGUACAAGGACAAAGACGCCGGCGUGCUUCUCUCGUUCAAUGGCCAAUGGGUGAGCUGGCUGCACACCGGCGCUGCAUAUGCCGCCUUCCUUAGUGCUCUCUUCGUCGGUGUUUCCCUCCACUACACAAAGAUCGUCCAGAACGAAUGGUUCGGCUACCCCGAAGAAUGGUUCCCGUCCGUCUCCGCCACCAUCGGCGAUCGCUUCCCCGAGCGCUCCUUCUUCAUGCUCUUCAUCGCCCUCACCUCCGGCCCGCGCUUCGCCCUCGUCGGCCUCUGGUACCUGCUGACCGCCAAGCCCGGCCGCACCCUGCCCAAGACCGUUGCAUACUUUGGCGUCUUCCGCACCUUCACCUGCGGCGGCUGGACCUACGUCACCUCAACCGACAACCACGACUGGCACGACAUCUUUAUGAUUUCGUAUCUCGUGGCCACCAUCCCCUGGAUGUUUGGCUGCCUGGCCCUGAGCCCCAAUAACGCCACUGCCAUCAAAUACCGCAAAUAUGUCGCCGGCGCUUUCUUUGGCACCAUUGUUCCGCUCGUCUACUUUUUCAUCCAGCACAAGGUGCACCGCGUUCCGGGUGGUAAGCCUCCUACCCUCCAAGGUACUAAUAUUCGCUUUAUCAACGCUCGCGCUGACGCUCCUUCUUUGCUGCUAGCUUACACGAUCUACGCCUUCUUCGAGUGGUCCCUCGUCCUCUUCGAUGUUGCUUUCGAUGCCGUUACCGCUCUCGAUUUCGACACCUUUGAGCUCGUCGUCAAAGAUACCAAGGGGAUCAGCAAGGGUGCCCUCCGAUCUCCCCCGCUUGACCGUGAAAAGGAAAAGGCCACCGCCGGCGUCUUCUCCACAUCCUUCACCCUUAGUGAGGCUCUAGAUGCUGCCGCCGAUGUCUACCACGGCUUCGCCUUCUGGUCCGUCCUGACCAGCCUGGGUCUGACCGUCUGGUACUUCCCGCUGUGGCACAUGGGCAUCUCAGGCUACGAGGCCUUUGUCAUGUCCACCAUCUCGCCUUUCCUGCUUGCCAUCCGUCCCUUCCGCACCCUCGUCGUCCGCAACCUGCGCUUCGUUCACCUGCUGUCGCUUGCUGGCCUCACUGCCUAUAUGGUCCACGACCCCGUCUACCGCCUCUUCACCAUCGGCUUCGGUGUUUCCCUGCAGUGCCUUGGCUGGGCCGCCACCUUCUACGCCGACGCCAGUCAUGACUCCCGCGUCGAGUCCCGCGUUCUUGCCUUCGUCAUCGGCCUUCUCAUGUCCAGCAUCGCCAAGUUCGCUUGGCACACCAACAACCCCAUCUGGCCUAUCAUGCACGCCGAGAACGGCGGCUGGAACGGCACUGGUCUCGUCCUGGCCAUCCUCGCUGCUCUGCGCUUUACCCGCAGACGUCCGGCUGCUGCUGGCGGCGACGUUACGGACCGGACAACUGGUCCGUCCUCGGCCCUAUUCGCCCUGAGUUUCGGCGGUCUCUUAUUCGCUUUGCACUCUCUAUUGUCCGACACCAGCACCAUGAUUCUGUGGGUCUGGGAGGGCUACCCGGUCCGCGGCCCCCUCUCCAACAUCCACGCCUACUACACCAUCUUUGCCAUGACUGGCGGCAUUGUUUUUGGUGUGGUUGUGCCAGGUCUUGCGUCGUCCUGGUCCGCCUUCGGCGUCGCAUCGGUCGGCGCCGCUGUGCUCACCCUCUACAGCAACUGGUUCGGCUACUAUGGAGCCCUUGUCUUGGCCACGUAUCUCAUGGCCCUGUCCGUACCGUUGAUCUCGGCCUCGUCUAAAAAGAGCCCGGCCCUGACCUUUGGCCUGGGCUUCCUUGUCUACAACUUCAUGGUUCUCUUCCAUGUGUGGGUUGUCGCCUAUGCCUUCGUACCUGGUGGUCCCCUUGUCCGUGAACAUACCGACUGGAUCAUGACUGUCACCAUGCUGCUAAUCGGCUGCGGUAUCUUCAACCUCAACACUGCCCGCUCUACCCAACGCCCCGCCAAGUACGCCAAGCGCGUCGCCAGCAACGCCCUACCUGCCCGCCACCGCAAGCACUAUUUUGGUGUCACUGGCGUUCUCAAUAUCCUGUUCCUGUGUGCCGCAUUCAUGCGCUUCCCUAGCAAUGACUACAAGGGCUACCAUGCCGACGACCGUGUCAUCACGGCCGGUAUCUGGACCAUCCACUUUAGCUUGGACAACGACAUGUGGAGCUCCGAGCGCCGCAUGCGUGAUCUCAUCAAGGAGGCCGAGCUAGAUGUUGUGGGUUUGUUGGAGAGCGACCUACAGCGCAUCAUCAUGGGCAACCGCGACACCACGCAGUACCUCGCUGAGGACUUGGGCAUGUAUGUUGACUACGGUCCGGGUCCCAACAAGCACACUUGGGGCGCUGCUCUACUGUCCAAGUUCCCCAUUGUCAACUCGACCCACCACCUACUACCUAGCCCCGUCGGCGAGCUGGCCCCCGCCAUCCACGCCACCCUCGAUGUCCACGGCACCCUGGUCGACGUCUUUGUCUUCCACUCGGGCCAGGAGGAAGACCCCGAGGACCGUCGCCUGCAGUCCGAGUACCUGGCCAAGCUCAUGGGAAGCACCGACCGUCCCAGCUUCCUGCUGAGCUACCUGGUGACCAAGCCGCUCGAGGGCAACUAUAAUACCUACGUUUCGGACAAGUCGGGUAUGCACGACGUCGAUCCCACCGAUUGGGACCGCUGGUGCGAGUAUAUUCUAUUCAAGGGCCUGCAACGCGUCGGCUACGCCCGCAUCAGCCGCAGCACUAUUACCGACACCGAGCUGCAGGUCGCCAAGUUUGUCGUCCCUGACAAGGCCGCUGACGCCCAGCGCGCGCAGUAUCUAUUUGAUGUCGAGGAGGAAGUGCGCAAUCGCCGUGUCGACGAGUCCGAGGUACCUGUCGGCUGGCGCUUCCCCGCGCUAUUCCGCGGUGAAGGUGUGCGUGGCCACCGCUACCACGUCUUUGACGAGCCGCGCUACUACGGCUAUUAA